AGUUGAUUUGUUUUAAAAGCAGGCCCCAUAGCCUCCAUAAACAGCCUUUGAAAAUCCAGGUACUUCCUGGUUUGUGCAGGGAACAGAGAGCUAAAGAAGACUACACAGACCAUCAGCCCCAGCAGUCCAGCUUUUUAAAGUCUUGCCUCUAAUUUACAUGUUUCCCACCCGUCUCCACCCAAAAAGUUCUUAGUGUACACCUUCAACCCCCUUUAAUCCUCCCCUCAUCCCUCCUUGGCACUGUGUGGUCACAUGAUCCAAGUCCCUGAGCAGCUAGUACCUUAGAAUGGGAGAAAUUAUUUCCCCCUUUGUUCCCUAGAAAAAAAGUUGUUGCAAACCAAUCUAUAUAUUCAUAUAAAGUAAUGUUUAUGCAACCCAAUCAUCAGGACUGAUCUACUAAAAUAUUUAAAAUAAAAUAAAUACACGGUUUUGAACAGCAUCACAUUGAAUGGGCCUAGAUAUGGCAGUACCACACUGAAUGGGCUUAGAUACAAUACGCUGGGCAGUAUCACAGUGAAUGGGCUUAGAUACACGGCUCUGAGCAGUAUCACAUAGAAUCAGCUCACAUACAAGGCUUUGGGCAGUAGAACACUGCAUUGCCUUAGAUAUACUGUUCUAUAGAUAGCAUCAUAUAUAUAAUAGGCUGCCGGCAGAAUCACACAUAUUAUGCUUUUUCAUCACUUUUUAUUUCAUUUUUUGUGGGAUGUGAUGUGACUGUGAUAUUUUUUUGCACUUAUGCUGUUUACCAUACCAUUAAUCAAUAACAUUAUAUUUAAUAGUUCUGACAUUUCCACAAGCGGAAGUGCCAAAUUUUUAAAAUCUACAUUAUUUAUGUCUCCAUGGGGGACUAUAUUUGUUUAGUACUGAACAGUAAUAUUGGUGAUCUACUUCUCUGGUCUGCAGUCCAAAGAAGAAGAUCGCUGGAGCCAGGCAGAAGGCAGGUGAGGGGACCUCCAGCGGCCAUUUACUGAGUGAAGCCCCUAUUUUGGAGAGAGCUGAGACAGAGCAAGCACGACUGAAGCCAGAAAGUCUUUACAAAUUCUAUACAAUUUCACAGCAAGGUGAGCACAGCAUUAAUCAGUGAGCUGACCUCAGACAGGGACCUCCUUUCACUACCUGCUGUAAUCUGUACAGUUGGUGCACUAUAAAUCCCAGCAAGCUGUAAACUAGCUCAUAAAAGCUAUCACAUUACAGGCAAAGCAUGGCAUUGUUCAGAGGGCUACCAUCAGAGAUCUCCUGUCACCUGCAAUACAGUUGGUGGACUAAAAAUCCCAGCACUGAACCAGUCCAUAAAAGCUACCACAGUACAAAUACCUAACAAACUGAGCAAAGCAGUGGGCUAAUUUGUAUUUUAGCAAUACAUACUAAAGCAUUGUGAAUGCGGCAUAGCCAUCUCAGGACAAGUUACAUGUAUUUUCUGGGUUUAUUUACACACACACAAAGUAUUUAUACCUGGGUUUAACAUAACAAGGCAGUUAAAGGUGUUGAAAGUGAAUGCGGAAAGGUCAUCUAAAGCACAGUUACAUGUAUUUUCUGGGUUUAAUCUAGUAUAGUAUUUCUACCUUAGUUGUAACAUAACAAUGAAAUUAAAAGCGUUGAGAGUAAAAACUGACUAUUAAGAAAGGACAGAGCACCUCUACCAUGUCCUCUUCCAGUAAGAAUGUUGGUUGCCAUAGCAGCUCCAGUGCAGGUAGAAGCAGCAGUCAGGUGCCUGGAGGUAGUAGCAGCAGCUGCAUCAGCACUCUAAAGUUCUCACUGUCUUCCAGGUGUUGUGUGGUUUCAGAGGAUAAUAUGGUUCUUGUGGACUGGUUGACUGGUGCAACCAGAAGGAAGUAGAAGAGUCUGAUGAUAUGAUGGUUCCCCAUCGUCUGAUCCAUCACGGACUCUUGCUGAAAGAUCUAGAAAGGCGACUUGCAGAAGACUUGUAUGCGCUGAACCUGUAUUACUACGACAACAUGGAGGAUCCCUGCAGCUCUAACCCGUGUUUUAACCAUGGAACAUGUGUCAACACGGAGCAAGGAUACACGUGCCGCUGCACAGAGUUCUUUACUGGAUUAAACUGCGAGAAAGCGAUGCGCCCGUGUAAGAAAGACACCUGCGCCCACGGCAACUGCGUCCUGAAGAAGUACGUCCCCUAUUUCAAGUGUCGGUGUCACUAUCCGUACCGCGGACCCACAUGCAGCGCAGUGGAGACAGCCUGCACCAACAACCCCUGUAAGAACGGAGGAACCUGCCGGGAAAAACCUCUCAACGCCUUCGUCUGCAUCUGUACGAAGAAUUAUAAAGGGAAGUUCUGCGAGAUCGCCAUCAAUGACUGCUACAGGAAAGACGGGCUCCGAUACCGCGGACAUGUCAGUCACUCUGAGCACGGGCACCAGUGCCUGCCCUGGGACUCCUACCUCCUGACCAGGGAGAGCGUCAACGCCUUCAUUCCUGAUUUAUGGCAGUCCGGGGUCGGUGAGCACAAUUUCUGCAGAAAUCCGGAUGGCGCAGAGAAGCCGUGGUGUUACUUCCUGGAUAAGGACGGGCAGCUGCGAUGGGACGUGUGUAAUGUGUCUGCCUGCCCCGCCGCUCCGCAUCAUAAUGUGUCCACUACACCGAGGCCUCCAAAAUCCACAGCACAACCCACGAGCGCCAUCCCAUCCAGCGCCCCAUUCGCCACGUGUGGCAUCCGGGAGCUGGCUGUUAACACCCGGGGAAGGAUCUUUGGGGGGAAGAGGACCCAACCUGGCAAGCACCCAUGGUUGGCAUCGCUGCAGCUGAAGAGUCCCGCCGCCUCGUUCAACGCCGGGCAUCUCUGCGGCGGCACCUUAUUCGCUGAGUGUUGGAUCCUGACAGCGGCACAUUGUGUGAAGUCCAUGUCCCAGCCGGGUCUGUGGAGGGUGUCCCUGGGUAAGGUGGAUCUCCAGAAGAACGAGACGUUGGAACAAACAUUUGAUGUGGAGAAGAUAAUAAUACAUGAGAAUUAUCGGGAGGAGAUGUCCAGUCUGCACAAUGAUGUCGCCCUUAUGAAGCUAAAGGAAUCAGAAGGCAAGUGCGCCAGGGAGACGCGAAACGUUAAGACAGCGUGUCUACCGGACCGCGAGUUCCCACCGGGAAAGAUAUGUGACAUUUCUGGAUGGGGGAUGACAGAACAAGGUCAGACCGCACAUCUGCUUGAUGCUUCUGUCCAAGUGAUCUCCGAAACCAACUGCUCCGACCCCAAAUCUUAUGGGAAACUGAUUGACCGCAGUAUGCUGUGCGCCGGGGUCCCUGAGGGAGGCAUCGACUCAUGUCAGGGCGACUCCGGGGGUCCCCUGGCCUGUGAUCUGGAUGGUCAGACACAAGUGGUCGGUGUUGUUAGCUGGGGAGAGAAGUGCGGAGUGAAGGAUAAGCCCGGAGUCUACACACACGUCUAUAGAUUUCUACCAUGGAUUGAAAAGAACAUGAAGUCUGACACCUCAUCACCUAUUGGACACAGGCAGCAAUAGACAGGAGCUGGCCCAUUAAUAUGAUUGGGAGAGUUUUCUGGGCAUGCUCUGUGACCUCCACAGAGGUCAUUCCACAGGGAGGGGGAGGCUGAUCUGUGAGCAGCAGCUGUUGUAAAGAUCAGGUCUUAUCUAUAUACAAGUGCCCCCAUUUACUGUAACGCUGUACUCAUCACUUUCCAGCAGCCUCCUCCUUAUCAUCACGGACAGGAAACUUCAGCUAAGUUUCAGACCUAGUGGCCAAACUGAGAACUGCAGGUUUCAGCAUUAUUCCUAAAUAUAGAUCAUGUAGUAAAAUGGAAAAAUCUGGAAAAAAAAACAAAACAAAAAAAAACAUAAAUAUGUGAUUUAAACUAUAGGUUGUUUUCUGAUGACAUAUUCCCUCCUGUAGCAACAGCACUGAAAACCUUUCUAGAAAUGAAGUUUUGUAAUGUUUUAGUUGGGGCGCGGGUUAUCUUAAAGCAGUGUUUGCCAACCAGUGUGCCUCCAGCUGUUGCAAAACUACAACUACCAUCAUGUCCAGACUGACUAGAAAAUA